AAAUCCUCAGAUAAACACAAUCACGACACAUCACAGUGCCAUUAUUUAUUUAAGGAAAAUACAGCCAAGAGGGAAAGGCCAUGUGUGACAAAGUUAGGACACCCUAUGAGUCAAUUACCUGUAGAUCCACUUUUAGCAGCAAUAACUUGAAGCAUUCAUUUUCUAUGUGACUUUAUCAGUCUCUCACAUGGUUCUGGAGGAAUUUGGACCACUCUUCAUUUCAAUGUUGCUCCAGUUUAUUGAGGUUUGUGGGCAUUUGCUUAUGCACAGCUCUCACCACAGCAUAUGAGUCAGGAUGAGCUCUGGACUUUGACUGGGCUAUUGCAACACCUUGAUUCUUUCCUUUUCAGCCAUUCUGUUGUAGAUUUGCUGGUGUGUUUGGGAUCAUUGUCCUGUUGCAUCACCCAAAUUUGGCCCGACUUUAGAUGUUGGACAGAUGUCCUCGCAUUUGACUCUAGAAUACGUUAAUAUACAGAGCAGUUCAUGGCCAACUCAGUGACUGUGAGGUGCCCAGGUCCUGUGGCUGCAAAACAAGUCCAAAAUUAUCAGACUUCCUCCUCCAGCAUGCUUGUCUUUUGGUAUGAGGUGUUUUUGCUGAUGUGCUCUUUAGGUUUUCGCCAAACUUGGCGCUGUGCAUUAUGGCCACACAUCUCCACUUCGGUCUUGUCUGUUCAAAGGACAUUAUUCUAGAAGACUUGUGUUUUGUUUAGAUGUGUGCUGCAGACUGUGCUGCAAUGUUUUCUUCUUCUGCCAAGCCUUCCAAACAUGCCAUUUUUGUCCCGUAUUUUUCUAAUGGUAUUGUCAUAAACUUUAUAAUUUAACAUGUUAACUGAGGCCUGUAGAGUCUGAGGUGUAGUUCUUGGGUUGUCUGCCAUUUCUCUGAGCUUUACACGGUCUGAUCUUGGGGUGAAUUUUCUGGGACGUCCACUCUCUUUCACUUGUGAAUAAACUUCAAAUUGUUUGGAAAUGACCGUAUUACUCUUCUCAGAUUGAUGGCAGCAAUAAUUGCUUCUCUAAGAUGAUUGCUGAUGUCUUACCUGAACACACACCUGAAGGCUCCAGACCAGCAAACUGCCGACGCUUAGGCUUUUAUAGAGGCACUCAGACUUGCUGAUGAUCAGUUGAUCAAAGGUAUUUGAUUAGCAGUGCUUGACUGGUAUUUACCCUCUUAAUUCCAAUGUUAACAGUAAGGGUGUCCUAACUUUGACACACAUGGCUUUUCCAUUUUGGCUUUAUUUUUGUUCAGUAAAUAAUGACACGGUGCAAUUUGUCAUGUGGUUUUAUUUUCUAAAUUUCAAGACCAGCCAAGGACCAGUUUUUUUUUUUUUUUAAGUGAUGUCCUGAUACAGAAAACCAUGGAAUUCAAUAGGAUGUCCUAACUUUUUCACAUGACUGUAUAUACAAUAAAUAAUAUUUAUUUUAUUAGAAUUUCCACCCUGUUAGUUUCACAUUCCACCCUGUUAAGUUUUAGCUGUACAUUAGCUGUAGCUCUUUGAGUGAUUAACAUUUAACUCUCUAACAUUUAACUCUCAGACAUAAUUAUGUCUGAUUUUAUUUAUUUAUUUAUUUAUGUGUUUUUUUUUUUUUUAUCUGAUAAACAUUCUUCAUAACAUAGCCUAACAGUGUGAAACUAAGGGUGUGACAUGCGGGAUAACAUUUAAAAAACUAAAAAAAAAAAAAGAAGGUGGGAGUGAGAGUUGACAGAUGAAUUCCAAAGGGAAAAAAAAUAAUAUCACUUCCAUAAAAUGGUCUCAGUGGAAUUGCAGUCUAUUUUGUAAGGCGAGAAAGUGCAUACUAACAGGGUGGAAGAUGACUAUAGGGAGACAGUAAAUUAAGAAAAUUGUAAAAGCAAUAACUAUAGUUCCACGUGAUUAAUAUGUACGAUUAGAUGCAGUUUAGCCUAGUUCAUAACAUAAUUUAAACAUAUUUUGAAGUUUUUAUCAUUUCAUGGUUUAUAUUUUUUGUGGAAGUUGAUUAAUUUGCAGUGAGGACAUGAUAAAACUGAAUGCAUAUAUCAAUAAAUAGGUGUGUAAAACACUAUAGUAUUUUUAACGUCUAUUAUCUCUGUUUAAGUGAUAAAGAAGACUUACAUAUAUAAUUUAAGCCAUUUCUUAUAAAUAUGUGUCUCAUUUUAGAGAAAUAUGAGAAGGUAAAUCAUAGAGACAGAAAAGUCACUGCAUAACAGGAAUGACCCAUGUACAUUUUUUGUUUCUUUGUUUUGUUGUUGACUUACCUGUUGUUUUAUUUCUUUCUGUGAUGGAGGUGUAUGGAGGUAGGUGUCAUUUUUGCUGUAUCCUGUUUUUCUCUGCUGUUUUGUAGCCUGGUAGGGAGUUGGGUGUAUUGGAGUGUGUUAUUUGAUAUAAUAAUUUUUAUUAUCAUUAGAUGAUAUUAGUAUUAGUAUUAGAUUUAUUUAUUUUUUGUGCUAUGGUUCUAUUGAAAAAAAUAUCUAUAUUAAGUUUUAAUUAGAUUGUUAUUGAAAAACUGUUUCCAAACCUUGGAAUAAAAGGAAAUGUUUCUGCGUUCAGAUAUGACUGUUUUGCCUUUGGACAAAAGUUAACAUAUUACUAUUUUUAAUCUUAGUUUUCUGUAUGUAAAUUUCUGCGCACCAUACCGGACUUUUAUUUUGGGCUGACGAUGUGACGUCAUAAGGCUGCACCGCGUUCCAGUGUCGGUGAUUCGGCUGGAGAAAGGUGAAAGUGUUCAAACAGCAAAAACCUCCUGUUGAAGCAACUGAGAUCUACAUGACACUAUUAUAAAGAUGGCGUUUAUUAAAGAGGAAAGUGAAGAGAUGAAGAUUAAAAAAGUAUUCAGCAUGAAACAAGAAGAUACUGAGGAACAAACUGCGGUGGUGUUUAUUAAAGAGGAAAGUGAAGAGAUGAAGAUUAAAAAAGUAUUCAGCAUGAAACAUGAAGAUACUGAGAAACAAACAGUGGUGGCGGUUAUUAAAGUAGAGAGUGAAGACAUGGAGAUUGAAGAAACAUUCAUGGUAAAACAUGAAGAUACUGAGGAACAAACAGACCUGAUGGUGCUAAAACAAGAGAGUCAAGACCUGGCUGAAACAGAAGAGAAACAACAUGAUUUCAUAACUGGAGAAAAAUCUUUUUGUUGCCUACAGACUGAAAACAAUUCCUCUCAAAUAGCCGAGGAGACUGGAAUUAUAAGUCAUUUCACCUGCCAGCAGUGUGGAAAGAGUUUUGGUAAAAAAAGAAAGCUUAAAAUUCAUUUGAAAGUUCACAGUGGAGAGAAGCCUUACACCUGCCAACAGUGUGGAAGGAGUUUCCCUCGAAAAGAUAAUCUUAAGAUUCACAUGAGAAUUCACACUGGAGAGAAGCCGUUUGUUUGUGGUCAGUGUGGCAAGAGUUUCCCACAUAAAGCAACCUUUUAUACUCACAUGAGAAUUCACACCGGAGAGCCGUACACUUGCAAACUGUGUGGAAAAACGGCGAAUCGAAAAGGAAAUCUUAAGGCUCACAUGAGAGUUCACACUGGAGAGAAGCCUUACACAUGUGAGCAGUGUGGAAAAUGUUUUGUACGUAGGGAAGGCCUUAGUAAGCACAUGGAAAAUCACUCAAAAGAGAACUCUUUUAUAUGCCAUCAGUGUGGAAUGAGUUUCACAGACAGGAAUCACCUUCAGAGGCACAUAAUAACUCACACUGGAGAGAAGCCUUACACAUGCCCUGAGUGUGGAAAUAGUUUCACUCGAUUAGAAAGUCUUAAAGUCCACAUGAGAAUUCACACUGGAGAGAGCCCUUACACCUGUCAACAGUGUGGAAUGAGUUUUACACACAAAUCAACAAUUAAUGCCCACAUGAGACUUCAUACUGGAGAGAAACCUUACAUAUGCCCUCACUGUGGAAAGUGUUUUAAACAUCAAGGAACCAUUAACGGCCACAUGAGAAUUCACACUGGAGAAAAGCCGUUCACAUGUGAUCAGUGUGGAAAAAGGUUCAGAAGUAAAGUAAACCUCAAUUGCCACAUGAAGAUUCACUCAAGAGAGAACAUUUUUAUAUGCCAUCUUUGUGAAAGGAGUUUCACAGAGAGGGAACAUCUUAAGAAUCACAUAAUUACGCACACUGGAGAGAAGCCUUUCAUGUGCCUUCACUGUGGAAAGAGUUUCACAGUUAAAGGAAACCUAAAGACUCACAUGAGGAUUCACUCUGGAGAGAAGCCGUUCACGUGUCUACAGUGUGAAAUGAGUUUCACAUAUACCACAGAUCUGAAACGUCAUUUGCAAACUCAUUCUGGAAAGAAAUUGCAAUGUUCCUUGGUAUGACCAGGUAUAAAAAACAUCAUUUUUGAAAACCUAUUUUUGUUUUUUGUGUGAAAAGAGUUUUAUAGUUUAA